CAUGUGGAGAUGAUCUUGGUCCUCCUGGGCUGAGGAGAUCUUGGUAUUCUCGGGGGUGAUGAGAUCCUAGUCCACCUUGGAUAAUGAGACCAUGGCCCAGUGAGGCUGAGAUGGAUAUUUGACCCUUAUUUACCUUCUGGUCCGUGGUGGGAUUUUCAUCAGAGGAGGUUGGGAAGAUGGAGUCCAGUGCUGACUCAGAGACUCGGCGCUUAGUGGAGCAGAACCGGACCGGGGGAGACCUGAAGAUCAAAAGCCUUUUUACAAGCACCAAGGACUUGUUCCCGGACUUUCCUUUCCGGAAUGGUGGUUCUGCAGUGUCGAUCGAGCUGGAAAGGCCAAUAUCCAGUCACUGCCAUGGGCCGUCUUUCUCGUCCACCGAUAACCAGCAGAAGCUGCAGGCACGGAGGAAGCUGUACUUUGCCUGUGGAGUCUGCUUCAUAUUUAUGAUUGGAGAAGUCGUAGGAGGGUAUCUUGCCCACAGCUUAGCUAUCAUGACAGAUGCUGCUCACCUCCUCACUGACCUGGGCAGUAUGUGUGUCAGCAUCUUCUCCUUGUGGAUCUCAACCCGUCCUCCCACCAAGACGAUGAAUUUUGGAUGGCAUCGCUCAGAGAUCCUCGGAGCUUUGGCAUCAGUCCUUUCAAUAUGGAUUGUAACAGGAGUUCUAGUCUACCUGGCUGCUGCUCGGAUUAUCAACAAUGACUACGACAUCGAUGGACAUGUCAUGCUGAUCACAUCGGGCUGUGCUGUCGGUGUCAAUGUCAUAAUGGCCUACAUUCUCCACCAAUCCACUACUUUCCAUGGACACAGCCACGGGUCAGGUUAUGAGAAGAUUGGAGACAGUCCCACCAGUGGGCUCCUCAUGCACCUUGGGCCGCAUGGCAAUACAAGUGUGAGGGCGGCUUUCAUCCAUGUGAUAGGAGACUUGCUGCAGAGCAUUGGAGUCAUGGUGGCAGCCAUUAUGAUAUACUUCAAGCCUCAGUAUAAAAUUGCAGAUCCAGUCUGUACAUUCCUGUUCUCCAUCUUUGUUUUGGGAACCACAACAACGAUCCUGAAAGAUGUUUUCUGGGUGCUAAUGGAAGGAGCCCCGCACAGUAUCUCACAUGGCGCAGUGAAAGAGGUCCUGUUGACAGUUGAGGGGGUACGCUCUGUUCACAGCCUGAAGCUCUGGGCGCUCACACUCAGCCAGAACGUGGUGUCUGCUCAUGUGGCUAUAGAUGGAAGUCAUGAUCCAGACACAGUCCUGAGAGAAGCCACUGAAGUCCUACAGAGUAAAUUCGACUUCUUCAUGAGCACAAUACAGGUGGAGAAAUAUCUGGAAGAUAUGGGGGAUUGUCCACAGUGCCAGGACCCAAUGGGCUGAUGGUAAUGCCCCUCCACACCUCGCCAUCCAUUCCCAAAAGCGAAACCAGAGAGUGAGAUGAGCUUCUGCAGAUUGUGAAGGCCAAAGUUCAGUAAGCAAUCAUAUCUGGAGAGCCCUGAACUUGUUGUGGAUGGGCACGGUUUCCUUCCAGUCACCCAGUAUCCAGGAGCAAAUAGUUACAGAGCAAUUUUCCUCUCCUUCCACUAAAAUUAUCACAAGUGAAACUGUAAGGUUCCCACACUUAACUAGCUGCCAGAAUGUGCAUCAAACAGUAUUAAAAUAUGGAAGACAUGUCAUGUAGACCGUGACAACAGGGAGAUAUAAUGCUAGUGGAAGUGCUGCUAUUUGCUAGCAGACAUUAAACAGUGCUAGGGACUGAUUAAACCAUGGCUACACCCUCGGCCACGUUUCACAGUUUAUCAAAAUAGGUGGACCAUGGUAUUUGUGGCUUAAUAAUGGGAGAAAAACGUGAAAAAGUAUUUCCAACCCCAGAGCAGGUGCCCAGCAGGCUCCAGCGAUGCACACCAAAUGUUAAUGUAUAUGAGCCGGGCUGUUUGUUGAUGCAUGUUGUGUAUACCCGUGUAUGUAGGAAUGUCUGAAUCUCAAUGAGACGGUUAAUCGUCACAUUAAGACUUUUAAUGCAGUACAUGGGUUUAAAAUACGGUGGUAAAGUCGCUACACUGUCUGUGACCCAGUAAUUAGAAGAGGUUAGUUUACAGAGAGCAAUGUGGGGAAGAGUCA